GACCCAGCAUCUUCCUUCCUCCAAAAACACCAGCACAAAGUCCUGCAUAGGUGGAAAGAACGGCCAAGGGGCCAACAUAGUUCAGGCAAGAUGGACAGAGAACGCGGUCGAGAUCGAAGGUUGGUUUCUCCUUUUCAUUAUCCAUUCAUUUCAUUUCUAGCCCGCAGCACUCGGAUUGGGAGUUCUGCGCAUCACGCAGAGUUACGGAGCAUCGAGGAGACGGCAUAUUUAUUGUGCAUUUUUAUUGGGGAGGAGAUCGGCGAACGAAGGGCAGGAGGCUGCGAGGAAGUGAGGACAAGAUGCCACCCAUGGCGAUGGGGCAAUCUGCUGCUGGAGAUGGAGCACCACCGGAUCCGCCGCGUCCACCGGAACCUCCUGUGCCUUCAAAAAAGCCCAAGAAGUCCAAAAAGAAGAAGAAGGCCAAGAAUAAAGGAAACCAGAAGCCUGCGGAUGACGACAACAAAGAACCUUCGCCGACAGGGCAACAACCCACGCUACCGAUAGUUUCUGCCCCAAUAGAACGCUUCGUGGGUCCACAACACAUGCUUGCUGAAAGGUUACUCGAAGAGGUUGCAACUCGAACCCUCAGGGGAUUGUUAUCACAGGCUGAACGGCCACUUCCGCAAGCAGUUCUCCGGGACCGUUUCAUACAAUCCAUCCCCGGGAUUUUUCGAGAAGACCUCGAAGCACGAUUAGAAAACCCAGACGAGGUAUUACGCGCCACGGAGAGUCUUCGAGAAGAAUUCGAAGGGCGGUUAUCGAACCCAAACAGUAGGUUGAGUCGCAUAGUUCGAGAUCUUUCGGGUGAAGCUCCCAACAAUCCUCCAGUCAACCAACCUGGACCUUCUGCGCCUUCUGGACCGGUUCUUGGCACAUUUCAUCACCCGCCUAAUAGGUCUAUCUACCCCAUUCAAAGUUUCGAGCCCAAUCGACCGAGGUCAAGUAAUCACGGCAUCGACGGCACCCAUGAUCGCAGAAUUAGGUCUACCGACCCCGUGUCAGAAGAAGACAAUAGACGUGAAUCUGUUUUCAGUAGUAGUCAAGAGCCGGCGAUGGCCAGUGGAGAUACGACUGUCUCCGCCGAGGAAGGAUAUUCAGGUGAUUACUUCAGCAGACCGCGCCGUUCAAAUCCUUCUGGACUCCAAAGACCAGCAACAUCUUCAGGUACCCAGUCGAAGGUCAGUGGUGAUUUGUCGCCUCGCAGUCGAGUCCCGGCGGCAGCUCGUGGAUCUCAGUCAUCGCACAAUCGUUGGCGAGGUAGAGGGGCAGCUCUCAGUUCCAGACAUCUGCAUAGGGGUAGAACACACCCAUCUCAAGAGGAUGCCCAAAGCAUCAUUCACCAGACCUUAGCUGAACGACCGCCUCUUGACCAGAAUCUUGCAAACGCUGAGGAAUCAAUAGCCUCGCUGCAGAACAUGCUCACACAACACGAGCAAUUCGCGGAAAUGCUGAGGCUGAGACUACAAUGCCUGGAAUCACGAAGGGCAGCCAAUGGUUUCGUUGAUGGGGCGGCAGAUCCUGCUGAAUCCAUGUCUGUUCAUGAGGGGUCUAUUAGGAAUGCCGGUGGAUGGAGGCCUGCCUCAAUUCAAUCGAACCAGAACUCGGCAAAUAGAGUUUCCUCAACAGUCACUCCACCGCGGGAGAGAGCUUCAAACGCCAAUGACUUAGGAGGCCAACUUCGGCGGGCUUCGCGUGAAAGGGCAUCACGUCUAUCAUCACGUCUAGAGGAAAUGGGGGAAAACUUCGAACAUCCUGGUUCUCCUAGUCAAAGGGCGGAAGACUUCGAAGUUCCCGAUGAUCUUGGUGUUCCUGGUGUUCCUCGUCGAAUGUUGAACACAAUACCAAACAUUCCACAACCCUCUAGACGGGAAGAGUUGUUGGGCCGUAUGCAAAGGAUUAUGGAAAGAUCAAUGGAAAGAACCCAGCGCGAGCUCCAGACCGGUCUGCCGGCAUCUCGCCAACGUGCUAGUCAAACAGAUGACCCGCCUGCCCCCGUGCACAGUCCAAAUCAACUUGACGAAGAUGCGGUCCCUACCGUAGCGGGUGUCGUCUCGGACGUAGAGUCCUCACCAAGGCUACCGCCACGUUUACCGCCAAGUUCCUGGACAAAUGGAGGUCCUCUUCAAUCUUCAAUGCCUAGCAGUGAUGACAUGAACGAUCGGCCAAUCCCGGCCUAUCGCACCCCAAUCGCAGUGUUCUACCCAUCACCGAGACAAUCAGCAACAGAUGGCCGGGUCCCAUCGUCAACAGGACCAGCUGAGAGUCCAAGUUCCUGGACAAAUGGGCGUCCUCUUAACUCUUCAACGGUUGAAUCUGAUAGCAUAGAUGCCAGUCAGUUCUCAUCAAACCGCGCCCCAAUGUCAACGUCCUCACGCGGCCAGGAACAAUCAUCAACAGAGUCGGGUGAGGGUUCAAAUCUCUGGACAAUCGCACACCCACACCAAUCCUUUGAUGGCGAUGCGCCUGAACAGAGCGGCACGAGCAGUGAGAAGGAAGAUGUGGCACGUCAGUCGAGAGGCUCGAUCUCUAAUGCUAUCCUUAGCUCUAAUGCCCCAGUUCGAGGCAGCAUGCGGCUAGUGUCCAGCGCAACGAAUCAUGCUCAAUUGUUGGAGAAUGUCAGUUUGCUAACCAAUAUUUCUUUUAGAGGAGAGGGGGAAGUGACGAUUAUGGGAGGAGGAGAAUCCUACAGGCCCGGCGGCGGAGAACCGUACAGACCUUCGGCUCGCCCACGCUCACCACACAGAAUCGAUUCGUUUCGAGGAGGCAGAGAUAGGGACAGAUCACCGAGAAGAGAACGGGCUCGAACACCCCCAACCGAUAGUUGGCACCCAAGCAGCAGAGACCGUUCUCCCCGCCGCAGAUCGAGAACACCGCCUCGAAGAGAUCGCUCUCCUGUAAGAGACAAUUGGCGAGCAAGAGCAAGAUCUCCAAUUCGUGCACGAACGCCACCGAGAAGAUUCUCUCCACGAAGAGACGAUGAUCGGAGAGCAAGGUCACCAGCCAGACGUGAUGAAAGGUACAGUGUCCUCCGCCCGAACUCUUUCGCUUGUACUAAAAGAUGAUCAGAAGAAGAUCUAGAUCCCCUUACGAUCGUGAUCGUCCUGUGCCUCGUGCCAGAUCUCCCCUAUCCCGAAGGUCUCCACCAGCCGGUCCUAGAGCCUCAUACCGUGGACGUUCCCGAAGUCCUGAGCGUCGUGAUGAGCGUGCACUAACAGGCCCAAGUUCCUCAAACUGGAGGCGCCGCUCACCCUCUCUGGCGCGAGAUUCAGAAAGAUCAUCAGAGAGAACCUCUGGAAACACCUCGCGACGUUCUUCGCCCCCAAUUCAUCCUGAGCGACUAC